ACUCUAGUGGAAGAAAUCCAGCAGUACGCAAACUCAGAAAGUGAAGUGAGUUCAGUAUUUACUGAAGAGCCUCGUUUGUUUUGAGUGUGAACCUUACCCCGAAGAUGACUUUUUCCAUUUUUUUUCCCUUUAAAACUGCGAAAAGGAGCCUUCUCACUUCUCCCCUCCUUCAGAAAACGAGAGGGAGUUGUGCGCUUCGUCGCCCACAUCCAUGGCUUUUUCCCUCAAACGGAACGAGCGUCUCUUUUCCCUACCCCAUCUCCCUCCUCCACCCCAACUAAUACUCGCGUUAUCCGGAUAACACUGGGAAGAUCAAACAUCAAAUAUUUUUUGUGAUUAAGAAGAUGGGUUUUUUAAGUAACAGUUCCUUCGUGUGGGAGUUUUAUUAGGGGGUGUGGUUAACUGAUCUGUGAGCCUUAAUUGGACAAAAUGUUAUCCUUCAGUUAAGAAAUGCCGCGUUUUCCUACCGUAGGAAAACGUGACUUAACUCCUACGUUACGUUACGUUACGUUACGUGACGUAACUCCUAAUUAGAGGCUGAAAUAAAACUGAAAACUGAAGUUCCGCACCCCUCCCCUCCACACCCUUAAAUUUGUCAGUCAAUAGCGACCCUUCUGCCGCAGCCUUUUUUAAUUUCUUAAUUCAGUUGAUGUUGUCGCUCAUGAACGUACGACAGCUAGCUUGCUAAAUCUGAAUAAAUGUGUUAAGAACUGAAAAGGUUUUCUCUUUUGUUAAUUAUCAGUUUUUUUUAGUCAUUUACCCUUUUUCCUUUCUUUGACCAUGGUAGAAAGAAGCAAAAGACAAAGACUUAAAAGAUUCAACGGGUGAACUGAGGAAACAACUAGAAGGCACGCUGGUGAGUAAAUCACAGGACGUCCAACAUUAGUCUUCUUAAGGCUGGUUUUCACUAGCGACGGAGUCGUAAGCGGAAUCGUAAAAGCGCUUACGACUUGUUGAAAAUAAAAAAUCGGAGUGGUCAGCAGUCAUAAGCGCGAUGGAAUCGGAGUCGGAAGAAGCAGAACGUUUUCAUUUUCUUCUUACUCCGCUUAUGACUCCGUCGUUUACGAUCAAGUGAAAACCAGAUUGUUGAAGUUGGAAGCAUAAGCGGAAGGAUAAACCAAUCACAAUACCCGUUCCCACGCUUUGUGAUUGGUUUAGUUCUUCCGCUUCAGCUUACGACUCCGACAACCUAUUUUUCACUUGAUCGUAAGUGUCGGAGUCGUAAGCGGAAUCAGAAUGCUGUUUUCACCAGAUCGUAAAGUUCUUUGCUUCUGAUUACGACUCCGACUCCAACUCCGUCGUUAUUGAAAACCAGCCUUUAUGGUGCACAACAUUUCUUAGACUUUCAAAAAAGUCCUUCGUCGGAUUUCAUAUGGCGCGGGACGAAGGACUUUUCAAACUUGAUUGGCGCCAAUUUCACAGACCCAAAAACGGGUCUGUGCGCAUGGACCAAUCAGAAUAGCUCCCAAGGACCCUUGGGGAUAAACCUGUCACUCACAUGUACUAAGCGCACUGAAACGUGACUUGCGGUUUGACUCAUAAGCUCGUGAUAGUGUGAUACGUGACGUUAUAGUUUUGCUCUCCCAGCGAUUUUGCUCUUUUAUAUGAAAUGAUGGGAGGCUUGUUGCAUAUUUCUCUUAGUAGUGGUUGAUCUUCAAUUAAGUGCCAUUUGCUCAUUAAAAUGUUUUAAGGUUCUGCAAAGAAGGAUGGUACGUGGUAACGAGAGGCAGAAUUUUUUUUCGCACUUCAUUGUUCUUUUGUAAAGCUGACUUCCGUUCGGUAAAUUUAACCUCAGAAGUGAUUUUUCCUAUGAGAUUGUGAGGGUAACCUCUAGCGCGAAGGCGUUUUUUGAAGUUGUAGAUGUUUUCAUAGAAGGAUUUAGCUGAGGAGUUAGUUCUGACCCCGUGAGGGUUACAGGAAGAGAAAUGCGUGUAUUGAAAAGUCUCUGUAGGUUUAAAAUGUGUGCGGAUGUCAAGGAUUUCUUGGUUGUGAAAUCUCCUUUCCCAGUAUUGACUCGAGAUUGAAACAAGUUUCUUUUUUCUGGCCCCCUGAGGUCAUCAACUUUCGCACAAAGUAAACAAAUUUGCUCCUUCGAUGAUGGAGAUAAACACACACGUUCAAUAGAUUUAGUCGGAGUCGAAUCAGCACAUUCGGCCAUUGAAGUCAAGGACUCGCAAAUGAAACCUGAAACCCCAAAUGCGAGUCACGGCAAUCCCCAUUUUUGGCGCGAAAUGCAAAUGGAAACCCAUCAAGCGAGACAAGUCGACCUCUCGCGACUUCGUCGCUCGCGGUCGGCCGCUUCGCGGCCAAAAUAGGCUCGCUCCGCUCGCCAAGAGGUCUACUUGUAGCAAGUCUAAACAUUUCUCAACAAUCAUAAGUAAAAUUUAUCGAGCCGUUUGCAAUAACAGAAUUGCAGGUUACCGUGUCAUUGUAUGUCAUUAUAAGAUUAUGCAGCAAACGAGGUAGUGAAUCAAUUCACAGUUCUGAAUCUGAACGCCCGAAAGUGUCAAGUGUCACAGAUCUUUUUUGUAAAAGCGAGGAGGAUAGAGAAUUAAAGAAAAUGCAAUUUUUGUACAUAGAUGUUACGUUGCGAGCAUUUGAAAGUUGUAAACUUAUAUUUGAUCAACUUUUAACCAGCUAACAAGUCCUCACAUUUUUAUGAGAAAUCUCUUUGUAAAGUCUCAAAAAUGUCACAACUUACCUAUUUUAUGGCGGCAAAGAAUGCCUUCCGCAAUAAAGCAGGGAUUACAUCUCACUCUCUAAAACGAUACCUUUUGUUUGAAAUCUAUUGGGCUAAAUAUACCAUUGAAUUUUCAUAAUUUUACUUCAUGGACCGUGCUUUAUAGGUUAUUAUACAUUCCAGGAGUUUUUCUAGUAAUGUUUUCACGAUAGUGGGAACUUCAUUGAAAGAAGUAUUAGCAGUUGCUUUGUUACGUAAACUCGUGUUAAGAAAGAUCAUACAUUUCUAUGCAGUGUUUUCCGGAGACGGUCUGAAGAGCAAAAAAGCUGUACUUUUUAUUACUUAAACUCGUAUUCAGAAAGAUUGUUUAUUUCUCUGCUGUGUUUUCCAGAGACGCUCUGAACAGCAAAGAAGCUGUACUUUUUAUUACUUAAGCUCGUAUUCAGAAAGAUCGUUUAUUUCUCUGCUGUAUACUCCAUCGGAUCAACCCAACAUUUUGCCCCAAGUGAGACGCAAAUGUUAGCGUUGAGUUAGGGGAGUGGUAGGUGGGCAGUUUCCCGGAAACCUAAAUUGGUCCACUCCAUCCAUAGAAACGACUGUCAAAGUCAGGUCGGACAUGCACUGCGCUGGAAGAAGAGCUGACUUUAGUUGAGGAGCUUACAACGCAUGAUUCACUGUCAUGGAUUAAGGUAAGAUUAUUAUGACAAAAAGUUUACCUACUUAAAGCUCCUUAUCCGGCUUUGGAAUUAAAGAACGAAGAUCGCGAAAAUAGGUACCUAAAAAAGAAGGGGAGAGGAUGAAGUUUUUAUUUUCCAUCUAUAAACAUAGAGAUCUGCCAGCCUUGGAAAUGUUUUCAUUUACUAUCAAAGGUCAAAAUUAUGAUUGUUAUUAGAUAGCUAUUGUAUUUCUUAUAAAUAGGUUGACAGAGUUUUUGCAUUGAAGAUUUGAUUUAGUAAAAGCAAAAAAUAGAAGAGAGAUAAAAAACGGAUCGCCCUCGAAAACACUACCAUUGUUAAUCAAGUUUAUCAUGAUGCUUUGCGUCUAUAGCCCCGUGCAAACGAACGCAACGUUGUUGGCAAAAAACUCCCGACAUUGUUGGAUUUUACAUGUUACGUCCGUUUGCACACCCUGUUGCAUGUUGUUACGUGUUGUUGGGAUCUGUUGCAUCCGUUUGCACACCAGUGCAACAUAGACUACGAGUAGUCCCCAUUUUUCCUCAGGGAUAGUAGAGGGAGCGAAACGCGAGCGUGCGUGAAAAUCACCCCACGCGAGAAAAGGCGACACGCGGCGGGGAGAGAGAAAAAUGAGGCGCGUGUCGCCAUUUCUCGCGAGGGGUGAUUUUCACGCGCGCUCGCGUUUCGCUCGCUCUACUAUCCCUGAGGAAAAAUGGGGACUAACACGCAACAUUGUUGGCGCAACAAUGUUGGAAAUCAUUGCCUCCCUUUUUCAGGUAGCUUAUGACCAAAUAGCCCACGUUCGAUGUAUUAAAAUUCUAACAUGACUCCGAGACUCUCUGGUCAUUUUUCUAUAGUUUUGGUUUGGUUUGUGCUCAAGUCUCUUCUGGGAAUUACCAGACGAUGGAUUCGUGAAAAAUUUGCAAUUUUGUCCCUAAAACCUCGGAGUCAUGUUAGAAUUUAAAUAUAUCGUCUUAACGGCCUUGCUCGCCAUCAGAUCCUCCACAGCUUCGUUGGUUAAAAGGUGGCAAUAGUGAUGUGAACCGAGCGAGAGAAUGGCAUCUUUGUUUUCACUAAAAAUAGAUAGGGAGAAAAGGGCUUUGUGGAAUGAAUUGUAACGUGGACUUUUUAUUUUUUUUUUUCAGGAUUUUGUUUGUAAGACGCUGUCUAACGAGGCUGUUUGGCAGCAGAAGGCUGAAGACGCUAUGAAGAGAGCCACAGAGGAUUCCGAUUCUGGUGAGUAAAAACUUCGGGGUACCGAACGUCGCCUUCGGCAAAUCUUCGUGCAACAUUAUGGUGAGGUUUUGGAGUCUUUUCUUAUAAUUUCGAAAUAGCAGAAAAGGCCGAAAACCUGUAUCACAACUACCGAGCAACUCAUCUGUUUUUGCUUUAAUUUUGGCAGAGACGUCUAUCAGCGUGGAAGAUAUGUGUCGCCAGUUAAGAGAUCAGAAGGAAGAGUGUCGGAAACUCAAGGGAAAGUAA